GACCUCCACCUGGGACAGGUAACACAAACACACCUGCUGAGACCAAGACACAUCUGGACCUCCACCUGGGACAGGUAACAGCCAGAGUGACAGAGACAGGUGACGUUGCCCCGGUAACCUGCUGUCUCCAGAUGUUCCAGGCCGGCGGCCGUGUUCAGCCCCUCCACCAUGGACAACGUGACGUCCGGCAGCCGUCCAGGUGAGCCGCACCUGCAGGGCCACAACUACCUGGCUCUGGUCCUGGGCGUCCCGCUGAUCCUGUCCACCGUCCUGGGGAACGUGCUGGUGGUUCUGAGCGUGCUCACCGAGCGCUCGCUGAAGACGGCCACCAACUACUUCAUCGUCAGCCUGGCGGCGGCCGACCUGCUGCUGGCCGUGCUGGUGCUGCCGCUCUACGUCUACUCCGAGUUCCUGGGGGGGAUCUGGACCCUGAGCUCCUACGUCUGCGACGCCCUGAUGACCAUGGACGUGAUGCUGUGCACCGCCUCCAUCCUCAACCUGUGUGCCAUCAGCGUGGACAGGUACAUCGCCGUGGUGGUUCCCCUGAAGUACAACCGGAACCAGUUCAGCAUGCGGCAGCUGGCGCUGAUCGCGGCCACCUGGGUCCUGUCCCUGGGCGUGGCCAGCCCCGUCAUCUUCGGCCUGAACCGGGUCCCGGGCCGCGACCCGGCCGUGUGCCGGCUGGAGGACGACCGCUUCGUGGUGUACUCGUCUGUCUGCUCCUUCUUCGUGCCCUGCCCCGUCAUGCUCUUCCUCUACUACUGGAUGUUCCGCGGCCUGCGGCGCUGGAGCGACCGGAGCCGCUCCAAGACCGGCGGUUCCGCCGGGUCCGCCAGUUCCGGCCACCGCCGCCACCGCCUCUCCCUGCGAUUGGGCUCGGCUUUGUGUCGGGCCAAGGCCACGACGGCCGGGGGCCGGGAGAAGGUGGUGUACACCGUCCCCGACGGGCUCAGCCCCACCUCCCCGUCCGCCGUCUCCAUGGCGACGCCCGGGACGACACCAGGGACGGGGGAGGCGGCGGCGGCGACCGAGAGCGACCCGAUGACGACCCAGAUGGACAGCGUGUCGGACGGCGAGCCGGCGGAGAGGCGGGCGGGAAGCAGCCGGAGGGAGAACGGGUUGAAGGGAGGAUCAGGGAAGGGGGGGAGGAGGACGAGCAAGACCAGCAGAGUCAGCGGGAGAGAACGGAAGGCCAUGAGAGUCCUGCCGGUGGUGGUUGGUGUGUUUCUGGCCUGUUGGACGCCGUUCUUCGUCGUCCACGUCACCAAAGUGUUCUGCGAGUCCUGCGACAUCAGCCCCACCCUCAUCUCCGUGGUAACGUGGCUCGGCUACGUGAACAGCGCCGUCAACCCGAUCAUCUACACCGUGUUCAACGCCGAGUUCAGGAACGUCUUCCACAAACUGCUCUGCUGUCGGAUGUGA